AUGCUGGUUUCCAUAGUAACGCUGCUCUCCCGUCUGCCCUCUCUUGCUGCCACUAUGGAAGCGAAGUUUUCCGCUCCUGCCGAAAACAAAGCUACGAUUCUGAGACUACGGAGGAUGAGACGACCGAGCCCCAGCUGGAGACCAAAGAAGGCAGGCAGCAGGACAAGGCCGGGCGCAAGGGACAAACAGACGCUGGCAUUAAAGAAUCGCUGGAAAGCCAAGUGUGACAAAGAUGUAAAAAAGGAGAGAGAUCAUUGGGAAGACAAAAUUGAAGCCAAAGAUGAAUAUAUUCAGCGUCUAGAAGACCAACAUUUCACAAAAAAUGAAUACCUAUGCAAUACUGCAGAAAUAUACGAAGAUCAUGUCCAGUCCCUUUUGAAUACCCUCAAUCUGAGGAUAGAGCAGAGCAACUCUCUGCAAAAGCACCUCAAUGAUCAGCUGAAAGAGGAAAUAAAGGCCAAAACUGCAGCACAGCAAGAGACGGUGCAGCUGCAGAAACAGAGGGACAAGCUUCAAGGAAAACUGGUGACUCUCACAUCUAUCCUGGACCACAAGAGGCGUGCAAACCAAGAGGCCAUGGAGAAGAAUGAGGCCAUCAACAAUCAGGUGAAAGAGGAGGCAAAGGCCAAAACUGCGGCACAGAGAGACGUGGAGCAGCUACAGAGAGAGAGAGACAAUCUCCAAACUAAAGUGUUGUCUCUCACAGCCGCCCUGGACCAAGAGAGUCAUGAAAAGGAACAACUGCAGGCCAAAGUGCAGGAGAAGGAGAGGACAAUAGACUCUCUCACAGCCGAUGUUUCAUCUUUAAGAUCUGAUUUGAACAAGGAGAAAGCUACAUCUCGGGACCUUCGUCACCGCUUUUGUUCACACUGA